UUUUCUAAAAUGCUAAACAGAAGAAAAAAAUCAAUUAAUUUAAGUUGUAAUAAUUCUGAGAUCAAAAUACGCAAAGGUAGCUUAAAAAUUUAAGAAAUACCUAAGAAUCAUAAAAGUUUUUUGAUCUAAUAAAACAAUUCAAUAUUUUAAAAUAUGAACUCUUUUUAAUCAUCCAUGCAUACCAAUCUAGUUUUGAACAAACAAUUAAUUCAAAGCUAAUAAUAAUCUAAAAUUGAUUAUUAAUCAUAUGAUAACUUUGAUGAUGAUAAUAAUACAUCUAAGUCAAACAUGUAAAAUUAAAAAAUAAAUAAGGAAUAUUUAAACUUUUUAGCUAAUAGUUUUGAAAAUAGAUAAGAAUUAAGUUAACAAUUUAAAUUAUUACAUAAUAAAUAGUCAAAUUUAAGUAAGAUAGAUAAUUCAAAUAUAGAAUUAUCUAAAUUAAAUGAUGCUGAUUCUUAAGAAAUAUACAAUGAAACUCUAUUUUUAAACAUUUAGUCUAAUAAAAACUCAUAAAGUUAGCGAAGAGAGGAAGAAUAUAUAUCCAGUUCUCCUAUGAUUGAGAAUAAAAUCAUGAAAUUUAAUUUUUCUUAUACACCUUCUAUUGAUGUUUUUAAGUAUAAUAAUUAGCAAGAAAACUACUAAAAUUGA